UAAAAGCAAAUUUCUGCCAAAAUAAACAAUAUAAACUGGUCAAUUUUAAUUCUCCAAAAAAUUCAGGAAAACGAGUGUUACGUUUUUACAUUAUUUUUUUUGCAAAAAAUUAUUGUUUUUCCAAUGGAAUAGUUGGAUGAACAUCUCGUCUAUGCCCCGUAACCGAUGAUACGUCCAGUGAAUACUGGAAAGAUCGCUCGGAGGUGGAGUAAGAGAGCAAAUAAAAGAGGAUAGAGAAUGGAGGGACCCUAAUGGUGGUGGUGGUGAAGCGACGAAUAGUGUUGACGAGAGAAGGGGGGAUAAAGAUUUAGUUCCUUGUUGCUCCUCAGCUGUGUAUCUCUCCUUUCUCUCCCCCUGUAGGGAAGGUGUAUUUCCCCCCCUUUUUCAAAUGUGGUGAACGCCAACACUGGUGCGCGCACCGAGGGUUCCAUCAUAGACAGAGCGAUUCUGCCUGACAGCUCGGGCCCAAACACCAAAGUGAAUUCCUCAUUUUCAUUCUAACCGUACACUACAACCCCCACGCAAUUAUCCAUCCAUCUAUUGGAUAUUACAAUUAAAUAAAGUGUCAAUAGUUGACACAAAACCGAUACACAAGAGAGUCUCCAUAAUAAAAUAAUUCAUUAGUUGAUUAAAUCAUGAGAAUUUCAACGAGCAAUUGAUCUAAUUGACAUAUUUCGUAGUACGAGAGAGCGAAAUUGUUAAAAAAAAAAAUUAUAAUAACAAUAAUAAUAAGGAGUGAGGGGGAGGGGAAUGAGAAAGAGAAGAAGGAGGUGGAGGAGGGAAGGAACGAGAGAGGAAGAAAAAAUAAGGCGUUAAGGUGGAGAGAAAGUGGUGGUGGUGGUGGUGGUGGUGUUACGAGUGCUGAGGUUUUUGGUGGUGUGAGGUGAGGAAAGGUAGAACGCUGGGGAAAAACGGGGUACAUUUUGGUUAAAGAGAGGAGGUACGUUCAUUCCGUCGUAGUCAAGUCUCGCUGUUUUUUUCCCUUUUUUUUUUGAAAAAAAAAUAUAUAUAUAUAUUUUUCUUGACACUUGAGGUGAGACACCGGAAGUUGCGUGUGUCAAGUCCUCAUAGCACGAGAUAAAAUUACUGUGAAGAGAUAAAUAACUGAGUGAAGUGUCAGUUUUGUGGCCAGUGGAGAGUAAAAAUCGAGUGAAUUAAUUUUUUAAUGAAGUGAAGAGGAUUUUUUUUUUUUAUCGCACUGUGACAAUAAUUAGUGUGAUAAUAAUGAGUGAAGAAAAUGGCUUUUCAUCUCGUCACAAUAAUUAAAUAAUUUUGACGCGAGAAUUGUCGUGUGACGGGGGGUUCCCUUGGGGGGCAGGGGGUGGUGAGAAAAAAGGGAUUAUUAUUUUUAAUUCGGAAAAAGCUCUCGUUUGUUGGAUGAAACCGGUGCUUCGGUAGAUGCAGAUUGCACCGUGGGCCGUCUCUCGAAGCCCGUUGACGUACGUCAAAGCAGAAGCGCCGGUGCCGGAGGGCGAGUAGUCCUCGACGCGUGCCGCGCCGCUGAUCAGAGAGAACCGCCGUCUACUCUGUAACGUCGUCAGCACGUCCCUACAGUGGUUAGAAAAGCUCUGAAAGGACCCUACAGACACACAACGCGCGAUUGUUUUUCCCCAGGACUCGAGUGAAUUCACUGGGGGUUUUUAAAAAAAAAAAAUUUUUUUUUUCGUUUGACUUACGGUGAGGGGUAAAAAUUUGUGGGGGUGUGAAAUUUACGGGGGUUAUUUGUGAGAAAAUUGGCCGGAUUGACGAGAGGACCGGAGAGGCAAUGACAGGAUGCCUCCGAGUCGUACGUUUGUCCCGAAAAAAUCGAGGAUCAGCUUCAAUCGAUUGGCAACUGCCGUUCUGCUGCUCGUGGUUUUUGUCGAACGAAGACGUGCAUCAAGCCUGAUGAGUAAUUCAGUGGACGAUUGGGUGAGUGGUAGUGCAGUUAUAUGCAAUGGUAUACCAGGUCUUACCAAAGAACAGAGGGAUUUGUGUUACGUUAGUCCAGACGUUACAGUUGCUGCACUCAAGGGCCUACAAAUGGCUAUUGGUGAGUGUCAGCAUCAGUUUACCUGGCACAGAUGGAAUUGUUCAUCCCUCACUGCCAGCAGUAGAACACAGAAAAGUAGUGUUUUGCUACAACGAGGAUACAGAGAGACGGCAUUUGCUUAUGCAAUAUCAUCAGCUGGUGUUGCCCAUUCGGUGGCAAGAGCUUGCAGUAUGGGACGUCUCAUAUCCUGCGGUUGUGAUCCAUCAAGUUAUACGGGAAGAACACCAGCUAAAGCACGUGGUACACAUUGGAAAUGGGGUGGUUGCUCUCACAAUCUCGAAUAUGGAAUGGAAUUUUCCCGACAAUUUUUGGAUUCACGGGAGAAAGCCGGCGAUAUACAGUCCACCGUUAAUCUCCACAAUAAUCAAGCUGGACGUUUGGCACUAGCAAAUAAUAUGCAAAUUCGUUGCAAAUGUCAUGGAAUGUCCGGCUCAUGUGAAUUAAAAACUUGUUGGAAAGUUGCACCCGAUUUUCGACAAGUUGGAAAAACCCUGAAGGAACGAUUUCGGGGUGCUAUACUCGUUGCCCAAAGUAAUCUAGGAAGUGUAACACCAUUAACAAGGAUACGUGGAUCACGACGACGACGUCCUGAUCGCCGGGGACAGAAAAAAUUUCGUCCUGGGCGUGAUAACAACAGUGGUAGUAAAAAGAAAAAAAGUCAGGGUUUAGUUAAACAACUUUUCUACUAUCAGAAAUCACCAAAUUUUUGCGAGAGGGAUCCUUAUCAGGAUAUACCUGGUACAGCUGGACGCAGGUGCAACAGAACAAGUCCAGGGGGUGAUGGAUGUGCAUCAUUGUGCUGUGGACGUGGUUACAAUGUCGUUAGACAGAGGAGAAUUGAGAGAUGCAGAUGCAAAUUUCACUGGUGUUGCGUUGUACAGUGUCAAAAUUGCACAGUCGAAGAAUGGAUAACUGUAUGCAAGUGAAUUAUUUAUUGUCAGCACCGAGAGAACGAGAGAGAUAUUAAUAAUAUACAGGAUUAAUUUUAAUUACUGUAAAUUGUCAUUUCACUACAUUCCGUUUGGAAUUAUUUCCUUUGGACUCAAAUGUAAAAAUGUAUUUUAUUAGAUUAAUCAAUUUUUCAUCCCUCCAUAUUUUCUCACUGUACCGAACAACAAUUAUUUCAUUUAUUUUUUUUUUCAUUAUUGUGGGAGAUACUUGUUGUAUUGAUUCGAAAAGUCGAUUCUUUUUUUUUCAUUGAUGAAUCUCCCAGUGACUAAUUUAUUGAUUCAUAAUUGUGUAAAGAACAAAUACUUCAUCGAUAUUCACCAGUUAUUAUCGUGAAUGAUAAACGUUAAUCAUUGAUAAUCGUCUGCAUAAAAAUCGCAUGGCUUUAAUAUUCUGUAUGUGUAACGAAUUAUUCACAAUUAUGAAAACACGAACUAGUAAUUGAAUCGUGGUAUUUUAAUUUAUUUUCUAGUUUUACGUGUAACACUGUAACUUAUAUUAUUUAAUUAUUAUUGUAUUAAUUUAAAGAAAAAUUUUUUCAAGAAACAAACUCUCAACUGUAACACCUCUAUCACAGUAUUAUUAGCAGAGUUAAUGUAAAGAAAUCUGAUCAUCGAGAAAAGGAGAAAUGAAAAAUAAACAAUAAAAAAAUCAAAUUCAAUAAAAAAAACAAUGAUUUUAAAUUAUUACUCCCUCUCCCCCUCCUGCCCUACGACAUGAGAACUGUUCUAAUCACUUUUUUCAUGUGUGAAAGAAUUUCUUGAAUAAUUUAAGAAUUUAAUUUCUCUAUCGCGAAUUUCCACGAACAAAAUUCACAUUUUUUAAAAAUAUCUUUUCCCGGG